CGACGAUACAUGACCCUUUCCAAGAUUGAACAAGGCCAUGGGCGUGUCGUACUGCGCAACGAUGGCUCCGGAAAUGUCUUCUCAGAACUUGCCGCGACAUAUCCGCUCAAGCUUCUUUCUCCACGACUACCUUCCCCGGAUGUCUCCAUCGUCUACAUGCUCAGCUACGGUGGUGGGCUAGUCGGAGGGGAUCGCGUUAGGCUAGACGUUGAGGUGCACGAAAGAGCACGACUUGUCAUCCUGACGCAGGGAUCUACCAAGGUGUUCAAGACACGACCGGGCCAACGACUCUCGUCGAACUCUCAGGCACAUCCUAUCACUGCUCAAAGGCUCAAUGUCCAAGUUGCUGCUGGGAGCGCCUUGUUCCUACUUCCGGACCCUGUCACUUGCUUCCGUGACGCGAAGUACCACCAAGCACAGAGCUUCCAUCUCUCGAAAGACUCAUCGGUUGUGCUGCUCGAUUGGGUCACCUCUGGUCGCAAGUCUCUCGGAGAGGAAUGGGUCUUCUCCAGAUAUCACAGCCUGAACGAGGUUUACGUGGACGGUCGCCGUAUAGCCAAGGACGCAAUGUUGCUCGAAGAAGCUAGUCGGAACGCUGGUCCCUUGAACCCUCGAUCGUUAAGCGAGUCCCUCGCCCCUUACUCCUGUUAUGCGAAUGUUAUCAUAUACGGCUCGCUCAUCCGGGAAACCACACAAAGUCUGUCAGAAGCGUAUGGUGCUAUCACCGUUUUCAAGCAGCAUGCGCCUCCGCCUCUUCUUUGGUCCUUCAGCGCGAUAUGCAAUGGCGAAGGAUGCAUCGUACGGGUCGCGGCGAAAGAGACAGAGGACGUAAAGAACUGGCUUGCCAAGGCUCUUCGGGACCUGGAGAACGUCCUCGGCGUGGAUGUUUACAGGAGGGCGUUCUCCUAGGCAGUGGUAAUUGGGAAAUCGCUCCUGUCAAGAACGGCCGUUCUUUGCGCUACGCUAUCCUUGAGGCGUCAAUCGGACGUGCGCGGACAUGCGAUUCCUGUCGUUAUCGAAUCAAACUGCCAUAGAAAACGCAGUUGCGGCCGCGUCCUGGCAGACGGAUGACCGGUGACCUGUGGCGUGAAUCUAUCUAGCGCUCAGCAUUCAGCAUUCACUGGUCUGUAGCGCAGCUUCACGCUAGCUAUACGCUCAUGGUGUACUCCUUCGCCACCUGUCCGCACCGGACACCUCGCGUUGAAUGCCGCUGCAAAGCUCUAGACUGGCCGUGAUUCGAAGUGAAAGGAUAUCGGGCGCUUAGAUAUGUCCGCUUGGGAAUAAACGCACCGAGUAGCGCGUGUACGUAUGUCCCUGUGAAUGAUAGAAC